ACGUGCGACCCACCGACGCCAUGAUCAACCCCUCCGAGCCCCGAGAAAAUCCCCCCUCCGACGACGACGACGACGAAUCCCGACGCCGCGCCCGCUCCGCCGCCCCCACCACCCCCGCCGCAGGCGGCGGUGGAGGAGAGCCUUCCUCCGGUUCGGCCGGGAGGAAGCCUCGCGGGAGGCCGCCCGGGUCGAAGAACAAACCGAAGCCGCCGGUGGUGAUAACAAGGGAGAGUGAGGCGGCGAUGCAGCCGAUGGUGCUGGAGAUCGCCGCCGGCUUCGACGUGCUGGAGUGCGUCGCCGCCUUCGCCCGCCGGCGGCGGAUGGGGAUCUCCAUCCUCAGCGGCAGCGGCGUCGUCGUCAACGUCCCUCUCCGCCACCCCACCACCAAUCCUCCCGUCAUGACCCUCCAUGGCCGCUACGACAUCCUUUCUCUCUCCGGCACCAUCCUGCCGCAGCCCUCCGCCGCCGCGCCUGCCAGCUUUUCGAUCUCGCUGGCGGGGACGCAGGGGCACGUGAUCGGAGGGACGGUGGCGGGGCCGCUGAAGGCGGCGGGGACGGUUGUGCUGGUGGCCUCGUCGUUCGUCAACCCGGAGUUCUACCGUCUGCCGUUGGCGGUCGUCCCGGCGGAGGAUGAGGAGGCAGCCGCGGCGGCCAAGGAGGAGGAAGUGAAGCCGAGCGGGGUGGAGGCGGGCGUGCCGGCCUACGGCGUGCCCAGUGGACCCCGCCCGUUGACCGGUCCGCUCCCCCACCAUGAGAUGGUCUUUUGGGCCCAGCCCUCCGCUCGCGCUCCACACCCUCCUCCCCCUCACUACUGAGUGUGUCCGACUCCAUAUACAUCUUAGUUUUCUUUUUCAGAAAAAAACAAAAUAAAAGAAAGAUUAGAGAUAGAGAGAAAGAGAGAGACUAUUAUUAGGAGGAAAGGAAACAAAUGGUAAGGCAGGCCAGUUUUGUUUGUUAGUGCUGGGAGUAGUAGUAGCAGCAGGAGAAAAAGAAGUAAAGAGGGGUGAAGAUGGCCGGACGGCGUGGUGGGUCUUUGAGGGCUAUGUCUUAGACUAUGGAGACCCUCUUGUCCCUUUUGUUCCCCAUUAUUGGGAAGCGUUGCAUGUCCGACUCCGAAAGCAGGGCAAGGCUAGCUUGGAGAAGGGAGAGAAAGAGUCGACUGGUUAAGCUAGGAGACAUUUUUCUCUUUCUUUCUUCUUCUUCUUCUUAUUAUUAUUAUUUUUACUUUUGUUUCACAUAAGGGGAUGGCUAAAGAGAAAAAAUGAAGAAAUGGAGAUGUUUCUGGGUGUUUCUCUUCUUAUUUAAUAGCAGUGACCUGUUCUUUUUC